UCCCCGCGGCGGACAGAAGAAGAAGAAGAAGAGGAAGAAGAAGAAGCAGCGGCGCCACUUCCGCGUUUGUUCCUCCGCGUGAGGCGGCUCAAACAGGAAGCGCUAAUAACCCGACGCCUCGUCUGCCCUCCGCGUCGCAGGUAUGUCCGCUGAGAGACGCCGGCUUUGACGACACCCCGAGCGGCGUCCGUCGUUAGUGAAUACCGCGUCUCACCGAGCCCCUCUCCCCCCCAACCGAACCGAACCGAACCGUCCGCGCCGCGCGUCACGGCGCUGCUUUGAAGGAGAACGCCGCGGCCGCCGCUGCGGAUCGUUUUGCUGGACGUGUCGCGUCCGUUCGUUUUCCCGGACCGGACUGGACCGGACCGGACUCGGCCCGGGGGGCGCCGUUAAGCGGGGAGAGACGUAACGUGCUUGUGUUCGUUAAACGGGGAGAGACGGGCGGUGUUGACAAGUUACUCAGACGUGGUUUGACGUUGCAGAGUCCCCGGGGAGACGUCAUUCCGAUGGUGGAGGAAGGGAGCGGGACGGGACGGGACGGGAGCUGCAUGCAGGCUGAAUAACCGGGGACACGCCGCUGCCCAGGCCGCAGGACCCGCGGCGCGCUGACCGGACACGAUGCCCACCGGUGUUUGCGGUUGUUGCGGGCCCCUGAGGCCCCGAUACAAGCGCCUGGUGGACAACAUCUUUCCUGAGGACCCUAAAGAUGGUCUCAGUAAAUCAGACAUGGAGAAGCUGACCUUCUACGCCGUGUCUGCCCCAGAGAAACUGGACAGGAUCGGCGCUUACCUGGCAGAGAGGCUGAGCAGGGACGUGGUGCGACACCGCUAUGGCUACGUGGUCAUAGCGAUGGAGGCGUUGGACCAGCUGCUCAUGGCCUGUCAUUCUCAGAGCAUAAAGCCUUUCGUGGAGAGUUUCCUUCACAUGGUGGCCAAGCUGCUGGAGUCCAGAGAGCCGGACCUGCAGGUCCUGGGGACUAACUCGUUUGUCAAGUUCGCCAACAUCGAGGAGGACACGCCGUCCUACCACCGACGCUACGACUUCUUCGUCUCUCAGUUCAGCGCCAUGUGCCACUCCACGCACGAAGACCUCGACACCAGAACCAGGAUCCGUGUAGCUGGAAUAAAAGGCCUGCAGGGUGUGGUCAGGAAGACGGUAAACGAUGAGCUGCAGGCCAUCAUCUGGGAGCCGCAGCACAUGGACAAACUGAUCCCCUCCAUGCUUUUCAACAUGCAGGAUGCUGACGACACGGACAGGCACCUGGAUAACCACCACCUGUGGGACCCCAACGAGUUCGCCGUUUCCUGUUUCAGAAUCAUCAUGUACUCUAUACAGGCCCAGCACUCCCAUCAUGUCAUCCAGCAGGUUCUGGGUCACCUGGACACACACAAUAAGAACACGCCACGCGUCCGAGCCGGCAUUGUCCAGGUUCUCCUGGAAACGGUUGCCAUCGCCGCCAAAGGUUCUGUGGGGCCCACGGUGCUGGAGGUUUUUAACACCCUGCUAAAGCACCUGAGGCUCAGCGUGGACUUUGAACUUGGCGAGAGCUCCAGGAGGAACUCGAACUCCAGCGUGUCGUCCGGCCGCACCAAGGAGAGCGAGGAGCGCAUCGUCCAGAACGCCAUCAUCCAGACCAUUGGCUUCUUCGGAGGAAAUCUGCCAGACUACCAGCGGGCCGAGGUCAUGAUGUUUAUCAUGGGCAAGGUGCCUGUGUACGGGACCCCGUGCCACACGUUGGACACCGUCAAGAUCGGGCAUCAGGGCACCAAGCGGAUACAGGCCAUGCUGCUCAGCUCCCUCAUCAUGGUGACCUCUGGCUUCAAAUCAAAGACCAUGGCGGCGGCGUUGCCCCCUCCCUUCCUUGAUCCACUCUUCUCCAUCUCUCUGAUGGAGGACAGCGAGCUGAGGCAGCUGGUGCUAGAGAUUCUGCACAACAUCAUCGAUCGCCACGACAACCGCGCCAAGCUGCGAGGCAUCAGAAUCAUUCCUAAUGUGGCAGCAUUGAAAAUCAAGAGGGAGAAGAUAUCCAAACAAGACGUUGCCUUCAUGAAAAAGCAUGGACAGCAGCUCUACCGUCACAUCUAUCUCGGCUGUAAGGAGGAAGACAACGUCCAUAAGAACUUUGAGCUCCUCUUCACCACGCUGGCCGUCCUGACGAUCGAGCUGGCCAACGAGGAGGUCGUCGUCGACCUCAUCAGGCUCGCCAUCGCUCUGCAGGAAAUGACGUUGAUCAAUGAGGAGAACAUGCCGAUGUUCAUACGCUGUGGGAUCAUGGCAUUGGUGGCUGCCUACCUCAACUUCCUCAGCCAGAUGAUCGCCAACCCGCCGUUCUGUCAGCACGUCAGCAAGGUGAUCGAGUUGAGGAACGUGGAGGCACCGUAUCUCCUGCCAGAGCAUAUCUUCAGAGACAAGUGUCCACUCCCAGACUCUUUAGACAAGGAGGACCGAGUCCUUUACUUCCAGACAAUGGACAUGGCCGAGUGUCUGGCAGGACCGGGGUACAACGCAGAAAGACUGUCUGUUCCCUACAUCCCCCAGGUCACCGAUGAAGACCGUCUGACCAGGAGGAAGAGCUUCGUGGACACCAUCUCCCUCCAGGUGGACAUCGUGUCCAACAACCUCCCAGACAAGUCCCAGCUGGCUGAAGAGAUCACGUUUGAGACGCUGAAGAAAGCCAUAGAUACCACAGGUUUGGAGGAACAGGAGAGAGAGAGGAGGCGUCAGGUGAUGGAAAAGUUCCAGAAGGCCCCGUUUGAGGAGAUCGCCGCCCACUGUGAGUCUAAGGCUAACAUGUUACAUGACAAGUUGGCUCAGAUCUUCGAACUUACAAUUCGACCUCCGCCCAGCCCAUCGGGGGUUGUGUCGGUCUCAGCGGGCCUCACGCAGCACCAGUCUGUCCCUGUCUACGAGAUGAAGUUUCCGGACCUGUGCGUCUACUGAUGGUGGUGCUGAUGUACGCUCAAAUCCACACGAACACGCCGCCACAAACCUCCCCGUCUGAGUGUGUAACGUCACCAAGGUGUCGGCGCUGUGGCCAUGAGCACACAACACAACAACAACAAAAAACAAAGUCAAAUUCAGUGAGAAAUUCAAAGCAAUUAAAAUUCUGAAGAACAAACAAGAGAAUUUAAAAUCCCGGCGGUGUGCCCAGAUUAAAACGUACACUCUGAUAAUCCCCCCACAUAGCCACAACCGUCUGUCCAACCAGCCAAACCACAGACGCACCGGAACCGCAGAGCGACUGGAAAGCUGUCGUUUUAAUGAGAAAUACAGGAUUUUUGUGUUAUUGGAUCACAUCUCUCCUGUUUGCUCAAAGUCACAUUUAUCCUUUAAAUGCUCGUAUCCGCACAGCGUACCGUCCCAGUAGAAAACGCUUCUGAGGACCUGGUUCACAUUUCUACCAGUCCUGAUGAAUUAUGUAUUCAAAUAAAUUAUAAAUUAAAAUAGAUGUUCACGUCCAUUCAGCAGCUGUUCAGCCCUGACGGCCAUUUUUCCUGAAAAUGAUUCCUUCUCCGACUCUCGGAGCAGACCUGUAGGUCUGAUCUUACGAAAAUCAACCAGCACAUGUUCUGUAUCGCCUCAUUCGCAACCCUGAAACCAGUCCAGACGCACGUCCAUGAUGACUUGACAUGAUGGACGAACAGCCCGCUAGCUAGAAAAGAAAAGAAAACUGCGCUGUUCCAGUGGUACGUAACAAGUCUGUGCUCAUGGGCGCUUCCUUCUGAGAUCGGGACUCAGCUGGCGAUGUGAACAAGAACCAAUCUGACAGAGGUUUUUAAACCACAUUCACGCCAAAGCUUUGCAUCCUGUGAACAUGGCGUCUGGUCUAACUCUCAUUAGGAAUAACACGAGUUAAAACCUCGAAACUGGUUUUAUUUGCAUCGCAGUCUCCGAGCCAAUGCCUUUUAGUCAGAGGUGGACAACCCGGCUUCAGAAAGUAAAAGUCCUGCCACGUAUUUGUUCCACCCAUGCACUACUCCGGCUGAAUUGAAUGAGCACAACUCUUCAGCCAGGUAGAUCACCUCGUUUAGUGACUGGCGAGAACAAAUACAUGGUCGGACUUUUACUUUCUGGAGCCGGGGUGUCCACCUCUGCUUGUAGUGAGUGUGAAAGUUCUUGUAUCGUACAACAGGCUUCAGUACACCAGCUGAUAACAAGAGGACUUUUCACUGGCUGCUAAAAACAAACCAAAAGAAGGAGGAAGAGGACGUGCUGGUGGGCAGAAGUCAGAGUACUGUUUGGUUAACAUAAUGCUCCAAGAAACUGGCCCGUUGGAGUGAGGCCGUGCUGCUCCCAGCCUCAUUUGUUUUACGUUCAGUUCAGUGAAAAGGAAAUCAAGUCUAGGAAAUGGAUUCAGUGCAGCGUGAGACAAAAGGCCCGGUCCCCAAGGAGAAGGGAAGUGAUGGGCGUGCUCGAUUACUGACGCUGGGUGGGGAUUCUUCAGCAGCCGGGAUGAGAGAAACAAAUGAGCUACUUCAACACCGGCUCCAAAAACUCCCCAUGAAGGGAACGAGUCUCUCACGUUGAUCUCCUCCUCCUGGGUGGCGUUGUGGAAAAUCAAAACGGCGAACCGGGAAGUUUUAUUUAUUAGUUUAUGAAGUCGACAAAGACGUGAUGUUUCAGACAAGACCAACAGAGCCUGGAUGAGAAUGUGAUGCAAAUCAAAUGCCAAACCACUCUGGGAAAUAACUCGUGGGCAGAAGUCUUCAGGCAGCCAGACAAACUUCAUGUCAAAGCUGAGGGGUCCUCCAUAGCUCCACCUAGUGGAACGCUCCAACAGCGAGAACGUGACAAACUGAAAGAGUAAAUUCCACCACCUACUCCGACAAACUGAUCAGUAGAAUAAGUCCGAACAGGCUUGGUGCCUUUUUUUAAAGGGACGUAAAGUUAUUUAAACUCUGGCGCACAAGGAGGAAACGGUAGACCAGUGUCCUGGUCCUCUUCCCAUAUGUCGGUCCGCAAAACCAACAGUUCACCUCCGUCCAGGGCUUCCUGUUGUCCUCGCAAUACUUUUUUUUACAUCCAUUUGGUCAGUUUGGGCUUUUUAAAAGAAGUAAAUGCAAAUUUCUGCUGACAGGACACUUCAGAUUAUAAUGAGUGAAAAUACGGUCGGGCUUCAAACCCGUACGUUUCUCUGAUGGGAUUCAAAUGAUGACGGCCUUCUGGUUCUUUGCUCAGUCUACUUCCUGGAGCUGUGGAAGUGUACCUGCUCCAUUUGGAUGAUGUGAUGCAACUGCCGACGUCAACAUGAUCGAUUUAGAUUUAAGUUGGGAAAACAAACGGUAGAAAAUUACUGAUACAGAACCACAUGAAGAGAAGAGAUGAAUGCAGUCAGCUUUAACACCAGUUCCAGGACGCAUCGCUUUAAUCUGCUGUUUAAAACGGAGAAGUGUCCUCUCACAAAAUGACUAAAAAUCCAAGAAAAUAGAAUUAUAAUUCUAUUUUUUGGAUAUGAAGUCAUUGGCUGACACAUUGACCAGACCCACUGUACGUUUAAGAGAUACUUAUGGUGAUUUUUUUCCACCUACAAGUUAUCAUGUUUUGAUGAGGAAUUACAUACUUAACAUCCAACAUGACCAUGGCACAAUAUGUACCCGAAGCUUUUCGGAGUGAACUCCAUCAAGCAUUGUCAGUUUGAAAAUGUGAACAUUUCCUGUUAGACAUACAGCCAGCAAUGGUGGAAAUCUUAGUUUAGACAACUUAUACUCUUCUUACGGUGUUAGAUGGACAAUCUCAUGAAAAGGGAUUAUUUUCAUUAGACAUGCAUAGACUGCAUUCCUCUAUCCAGUAAUUAUAUCUGUUCUCUGGCUUAACAUGGUACUUUGCAGCAUUGGGUGAUAUAGAUACUAGGCUAUUGUACAUGUUGUUGCUUACUACUUUUGGCAAGCUGUGUUAGUGUUGGUGUUUAUCUGCAGACUUCUAUUGGUAGCGUGGACUUAAACGCUGGUGCUUGCUGCAGCGCUACCGUCUCAUGUUGCAUGGUGAGGUAGGACAGUAUGUGCAGCACUGCUUCAGGAGCGUCUGUCGCUCCCAUCCCACAGCUCACCCAGCGCUACUGUCGGCAACGUCCGGAGAAAACAAAACUCUGAUCGCCAAAGAAAGAUCCCUCGCUCCUCUUCCUCUUCCUCUCUGAAUGUGUUUAUCCCUGAAGCGCUGAGGGAAGCAGCGUCAUUGUCCAGUCCAAAAUGUCACAUCCUUCACCAACGCCUAAUUCUGACAAACUACUUUACUAAAAGUAGAACUUAAUGUUGAAGUUUGGGCGCUAGCCAGGUCUGGAAACUGGCUUUGGUGUUUUUGAAAGAAGGCUGUACCACUGCAGUCGCCUGGUCUGAGCAGCAUACACCGCUGCUGCUUCCUUCCAGGUCAAAGGUCAACCAUUUCCUGAUGUCGACUGGUCAUUAGCUCGUCUCUAAUUGGAUCAUUGGGAAGAGUUAAUUAACUGACAAGCCAACCAAUCCGAGGAGAGCGAUGAUAGGUCAGUGUAAUUGUCUCCGUUUGGAUCCAGGCGAACUCUCUCGUGUGUUUCUUCAGGAUCGGUUUGCAUGUGGAAUGCCUUGUAAGAUGUGAAACGGUGAAUGGGUUUAGAGGUUAAAAAAGGAGAUGAGCAAGAGAGAUGAAUCGGUUUGGGCUUGGGUUUUCUGUCCGGAAGGAAACACAAACCGUGUCUGUGGUUUCGUAUGUUUUGAGAUGGCUCUGUAUGUUAAAGUGUUCAGGUUUUGGUUGAUUUUCUGAGACAGGAGAGAGGACCGAUGAAUAUCUGCAUGACCUUAACCCAAGUGGAAAAAUCCUGCCGACCACCAAACGACGGUUGAUGAACGCUGACUUGACCUAGACGUUGGUUUACAGCUUCGGCCACACUGGCGGUGAACCAACAUCUCUUACGGGUCAUUUGCUGAAGUGGUAUUUGGCUGGUGGAAUGGUUUCAGAAUCAACCUGGCGAUGGGAGUCGUGGAUAAACUCAUGUCUUGAUCAGUAGGAGAGGUCGGGGUGUCUUCCUGUCCUGGUAAUGGAGGAGGCUUUAUAGUUUCAUUUAAAAUAUUAGUAUACCGUAAUAAGAGAAAUCUUGUAUUUUAACUGUAUCAGUGGCUGGGCUUAUUAUAUUCUAUACGUAGAACGUCUCCAUUUAUGCAUUAAAGCAUCACCAGCUCGCAGUCGCAUCGCUUGAGUCAUGCAUAUGAGUUUAUGUACAACAUGAUGUGUUGCCUUGAAAUGCAAAAUCUGUUAUGAUUUCAUAAGUACUGUGAUCUCAUGGGGAAAAACAAAAUAAUUGCAUGACACACUUGAUAAUAUCAUGUGAACAAUCCUUAGGGGGCGCUGGAGAUAUCUGCAUCAAAAAAUGUCAAUCUCAGCAAGGUUUGACGUCUGACAAUUUAAACUUUUACUUCAAAUAAAUAAAAAACUCUUCUGAUUUCUUUGUUUGAGGAAAAAUAAGACUUAAGUACUCGUUGAGGAUUACAUUUCCUGCAGUGUAAUUUUAAUACAAUAUCAUUUCCUCUAUGAAUGUGUCAUUUUAGCAAUAUAUCAUAUAUUUUUGUAUAGAUUAUGCAUUGUAUCAUUGACUUGUUGCCUGGUAGAGAUUGGGAGAAUUAUUUUUUUGUCGGCCGUGACUCAGAGAAUUGGGGAAUGACAGGUUUUUGUGGUAUUUGUUUGUUUAUUGCAGUUAUAAUAUUGGUUCAGGGUUCCAAAGUAGUGGAGUAAAACUUCAGAAUAGAUGCUGGUGUUUGUGAGACUGGUGGAGGAAUGGUUAUGGAGGACCUCGUUUUUAAAAAUGCAAUUUGACUUUAUCCUAGUUUCCAUUGAGUCACUAUCUCAAACAUGACAGCACAAUAGAUGUUAAGUGUCUAUACCUUGUUUAUGAGUCAAAGUAAUGCUUUAACACCGGCCUGAAUGCCUAGGAGGGACCUCUGUCCUUCCUCUGUAUCAGUAAACUGUUGAUGAACACCUGUGAUACACACCAAGCUAACAGGGCUACAACUACAGAAAGCACUAAAAUCUGGAACUUGAAUAGUGUUAUUUUGGACAUUUGUGUGUGUCAGGGACCUUCAACCUCACCUCACCUGGGUUGUCCGUCAGGACACCCCUAAAGAUCUUCAGGAAGCAGUGAAAAAAGGGAUUUUGUUGGAAUUUGAUAAAUAUAAAGUUGAAUUUCCCAGGUAGACCCACGGGAAUAAGGCCGGGUUGAAAAGUAAACCGUUAGCAGUGGAGGGAAUUAAUGCACAUUUCUGAGCUGCACCCUUCAUCGUUUGCUGUGUGCACAGUGCGUUUGUGCCAAAAGACCUUUUUACAAACGAGGUUUCCCUUCGUCCCCGAUGGGGAGGAUGACUCAUAACCAGGUUCCUCUAAAGUCCUGUUUGCUGUAACCGCUGUGUCUUCACCAGCAGACCAUUCCAUACACAGCACAAUAUUACCUUAUCAAAUAAGUGGAUGUUUAGAUGACUGUCUUUUUUUUUUUGUUGGUAUAAAUGGGGAAUUCAGCAUCGUUGAAGACGAAGCUGGAUGCAAAAAUCUGUGAAUUGAUAUUCUCUGCUCUGUUUAACACAACGUAGCGUUAGUAAUAUAUCUGAUGAAGUUGUUGUUAGAUAGAAACGCCUGCAGGAAUAGAGGUGUAUUAGUGGAUAGUAUCAAAGUAAAAGAACAAGAAUAACAAAAACAUUUACAGCAACAUAUUUGCACUUUGAUGGACGUGUACUUGGUACUAUAGGAGACGACGUGGUCGGUGGUCGUCCUGUCGGGCACUUUCCCAACAUCCAACAUUUGAGGGUACUCUGUGACUUCCUAUUUAUACAAUAUAAUGAGAUAAUCCCUCUUAAAGCAUAAUUUAAUCUAUUGUAGUCUUAAAAUCUUAAUUUGCUCAAGAUGUUCAAAGUGUGAGCUGAUUGGGUGACGAUAAAUCAUUAAUCAAUGAUCGUUAAGAUAAAUCAUCCGGCGCCGUUGCAGAAUUUUUCUAAAAUCAGGUGACUUUAUCUUGAUGCUUGCCAAGAGAUUUGCCCCAUUUAAAGGGACUGAAAGUGGUUUCAAGAAAAAUCAUUAUGAACGCUGGACCGCAUGCAAACUGGUGUCAGAUUUAUUCUGACAUGAAUCUGUUUUCAUUGUUUCCUGCUUUUGUGACAAAAAAUGUGGGUAACCCUCCCUUUUACAGUUCCCCAAUUACUAAGUAUUUACCCGGUAAAUAUAUGGCAAAUGUAGUGUAUUAUUGGGUAGGUGAAUACAGAGAAACUACAACUGAAAUACUAAUAAAACCCUCCACUGUCGACCUCCAUAGGAUCAGUUGUCCUCUGGUGUGGUGGUUCAUCUUCAUAACACGCUCAGGGGGAAACUGAAACUGCUGUAAGAGGUAGCCUUGUCUUGUUCCAUGGCGGUACCAUGUCCUUAACAUAUAACGUACUAUAUCUAUCAAAUACAUAUUUAGUAAUUAGUGGGCUGUAAAAGGAAGGGUUACCAAAAUACGGUUUUGGGUCUGAACCCCAGAUGAAAAUGACAUUUUCAUUUGCGGUCUGUCAGUUUAAUGCAACUGAAGAACCACAACAACUUGGAACUGGGCUGUCGAUUUGCCUUGUUCAUGUUUGUGACGCGGCUGUUGUGUUUGCUUACUUACACAUAUUUUUUUCUGUGCCUCUCAGUUUAUACAAAUGAUAUAAACGUCAAUAUUAAGGGUCAAUUUUCAGCAAUCACAAUCAUGAACUCACAAUCAUGUAUUUCAAAAACCUGCUCAACUGCUACAACUCAGCAUCAUAGCCCCCUGAUGGUUUUAACCACUAGAUGAAAUAAGCGCAGAGCCUCCGGGGCCUCCGCUGUGGAGUCAGAAACUGUAAAAUUUGGUUUUUAGAGAUUUUAUAAAGCCUUCAAAUGGCUCCGCACAUACAGACGGCCUCUACAUGUGUCACCAGACCCACGGCGUCCUGCAGCCGCUCUUGGUCGUGAGUCUGAAAGUAAACUCAUGCUUGACUGCUGGCAUCAGAUUGUUGAGCAGUGCAUCGUGUUCUUUUUGUACUUUUAUCGCAAACGUUGACUCAACAUUGAACAUGAAGUCAGUCAGUACCGCCUUGCUUCAUAUCCGUGUUCUCCGUGCGGUCCUGUCUGGAACCAUGUCAGUACAUCUGCAGUUUCUACUGAUGAAUAAACACCGAGCUGGAGGAAGUGAUCAUGAAGGAUUGUUUUGCUUAAGGGAACAUUGGCAGGUUGGCAGGUCACCGUGGGACGAGCGGCACAUUGUGAGAGCGUUUGGAUGUGUGGAAUUCAACCCUCAUGUGAUGAGUGUGUUGUCCACAAGGGUGUACAAAUGGUUGAAUUAAGGGUUAGGGGGAAGGAAAAAAAACACUUCCUGGAGCCACAGAGGGGGCGGAGCCUCAGUGCUUCAAGACAGAUUGUCCAGUAGUGAACUGUGCAUAGAGAUUCAUGUACGAGAGCUUAAAAUAAAAUGUUUCUA